AUGCUUCAUCUACUAACAUCGAUGCGCUUAAAUACGAGGGUUUCCAACAGAUCGUUGGCAGUCUAUAGGGGCCUCAAUAGCAAAAAGCUGCUUUCUCAAAGCUUCUGGAACUUUUCAAUCCCCAAAACAAAGACUUUAAACCCCAGAGCAUCGGAGUAUUCUAAGCUGCUAACCUUCAUUGAUAGUGAUGCUGUCAAUGAGCAGCAAGAUCUAAGUCUUCGUCACCGAGAGCUGGCUCGAAGCUUCAGGAAUACUCCGAUAUUCACAGCUGCUGUCGAUAAAUUUAUCCACUCAGAGUUACCGCCGAGCGAACUGGACUCGGAUUUGGUUCCCCAAUACGGAUUGAUUGGUAGUCGUCGAGACGGUAAAGCCGCCACCUCUUUAGAGGAUGACCUCGUCAUUGGUAAUGUCAAUAUACCUUGGUCGGCUUUCAUUUGUGGUUCUCAAGGAGCAGGGAAGAGCCACACAUUAUCCUGCCUCUUAGAAAAUGCCCUCGUUGCCCAGAAUAAUGCCGGGGCUCUUCCCUACCCACUAGCAGGCAUGGUUAUGCACUACGACAGUCACGCAAACUACAACACAGCCCAGGUGUGCGAGGCGGCUUAUUUAUGUUCCGCAGGUAUUCCAGUAACUGUCCUCGUUUCUCCAUCCAACAUCUGGGCGAUGAAGCGCUUGUAUAGCAAUCUUCCAGGCUUAGCUCCGGACAGCCCAAAGCCGAAAGUUGUGCCCCUUUAUCUCGAAGAGCACCAAUUGGAUGCCUCGAGAAUUUUAAAGCUCAUGGCUGUUGACCCUACAACUGACAAAGCCCCACUAUAUAUGGAGAUUGUGAUGGACAUCGUUCGCGAGAUAGCCAUGGAGGGAUCGUCUUUCACCUAUUCGAAAUUUCGGGAACGUAUUGCUGAUGUUCCGUGGAUGAAAGGACAAAAGAUGCCUCUAAACCUCCGUCUUCAGUUACUGGAUAGCUUCAUGGCACCCUCGUCGAUGACAAAGUCAACCCGGCCAGCGCGGUCAUCGGAGGAUAUUUGGGCCUUUCAACCGGGCUCUUUAACUAUCGUUGAUCUGAGUGACCCUUUUAUCAGUUCAGAUGAAGCAUGUACGCUAUUCUCGAUUUGUCUCUCUAUAUUUCUCGAGGGGAGAAAUAAAUGCGGGCGUAUUGUAGCGAUGGAUGAGGCUCAUAAGUUUCUGGUACAAUCUGGCGAGGCGCUUGUCCUCACAAAUGAGUUAGUCUCGGUUAUCCGCCAGCAAAGGCAUACUGGGACACGCGUGGUAAUAGCUACGCAGGAGCCUACGCUAUCGCCUAAGCUCAUCGACUUGGCUAAUGCGACAUUUGUUCACCGAUUCCUCUCCCCGAGCUGGUAUGAGGUCCUCAAAAACCAUCUCGCCGGAGCUAACACGCAGGAUCCCGGGAGCAAUAAUUCACUUUUUCGUACAAUAGUCGGUCUUCGGACGGGACAGGCACUUCUAUUCUGCCCGACGGCGCGAAUGGACGUCGAUGACGAGGCGCCUGGUGGCACCAAGUGGGUAAAGCCUCUCAAGGACAGCUAUAUCAAUAUCCAAAUCCGCAAGCGCUUGACUGCUGAUGGGGGCAAGAGUAUCACGGCUACGAGCACAUCUGAAAGCCCUAAUACAUGGGUGGACAUUGACGUUCCUAUGCAUAUUGUAGAGCCGUGGAUAGAAUACGACAGUACAAAAAACGAGACAGGGAAGAAGAAGAAGAAGAAGAAGAAUGGACCAGCCACUCAGAGUAUCAACAAUGCAAAUGAAGAAGCACUAGAAAUCGACGGUGAGUUCGGGAGCGUCCUCGGGGACAUCCCCGAGACCACCAUUGAAGAGGCAAUACAUCAUGCCACUUGCAUGGCUCAGAGUUCUGGUUGGGUUUCCUUUUCGAAGAAGAAGAGAAAGAUGAAGCUCAAGUUCUUCAGGAAUUUAGAAAGCAAUCUAAAAAUAACGCCUGGUACGCUUACGAUGAAUAAAGUCGCAAUGCGCUGGAUAAUGGAAACUACCGACAUGCGUAUAAAGAAACUUCGCCAAGAUGCUGCGGAGAGGAAAAGAAAUGCGAAGGCUGAGAGAAAAAAGAAGAGGACAGGGGAGAAAGAAAAAGUGGGAAAUGAGGAGGUAAAAGAAGAGGAAGAGGAGGAGGAAAAGGAGAAGAAAGAGGAGGAGGAAGAGGAGGAGGAAGAGGAGGAGGAAGAGGAGGAGGAAGAGGAGGAGGAAGAGGAGAAGGAGAAGGAAGAGGAAAAGGAAAAGGAAGAGGAAAAGGAAAAGGAGAAGGAGAAGGAAGAUGAAGAGAAGGAGGAAGAGAAGGAGGAAGAGAAGGAGAAGGAAGGAGAGAAGGAGGAGAAAAAAGAAAAAGAGGAGAUAAGAAAGAGCGAAGACAAGGCGGGUGAAGGAAAAGCAAUUAUAUAAGUGGAAAGAAAAUGAGGACUUGUAAUAUAUGUCUCGAGAAUAGAGCGCAAAGAUAGGUGAUGAGGUAUUGUCAGGUAGUUCUGACAUUCUCCAUAUCUGUAGCGGAUAAGUCAUCGGUUACCUAAAAGAGAAAUCUUUGGUUAGGACCUUUCCGGGGAUCAGGUGGCCUCGUUUAAAAGAAAACUGACAUCAGACAUUGAUAGUAAAUGGAGCCUUGAUAUUAGAAGAGCUUGGAAAUAGAAGCUAAGUUUUAAGUACAUAGCAUAGUACUACUAGAGUAGAUAGGUGAACGCCCUCGUGCUACAUUGCUCUCUUUAUAAUAUCUAGUAAAUAUAUUUACUGUCUAG